AUGGUCCUUCCAAACCAAAUGGGUGAUGACAAUAAAGCACUUGGCUUAGGCUACAUUGUCCAGGAAGAUAAGCUCCAUGUCAUGUCCUCCAUUAAUUUCUCAAAGAGGAAAAAGAAGAUGCGGCUUGGCCAGAACCUCCUUCAAGAGGAAGUGAAAGCUCAGACCCCAAAUCCCCUGACAAGAAGAGAGCUGCUCAGUCAAGUGGCUGGACUGUAUGACCCUGCUGGCCUUGUCACUCCUGCAAAGCAAAAGGGAGCAAUCCUAGUGCGUAAAGCAUUCCAGGAAGCCAAAGGCAGUGGUUCCUCUGCUAAAGACACAUGGGACACAGCGCUCUCUGAUGGUCUGAGAGCAGAUGCAAUUGAGCUCUUUAAAGAGUAUGUCCAGCUCUGCCAAGUGCAGUUCUCCAGGGCCCUGACUCCACCAUCUCACACACAGAUGCCACUUGCAGUUACAUUCUCUGAUGGGAGCGAGCACGCAUAUGGUGCAGUGAUGUACUUGAGGUGGUGUUCUAGUCAAGGUCCCAUCGUGAGGUUAGUGGAGUCAAAAGCCAAACUGACCCCUUUAGACCAGAAGGGUGAUGCUGUGAAAGCCAAAGUCUGUGGUGCUGUGUUCGCCUCCCGUCUCAAGAAGUACUUUGAAGCCCACUGCAGGAUCCAGGUGGAGAAGUGGUUCCACUUUGUGGACAGCCAGACAGUCCUUGGUGCGAUCCAGAGGGAGAGCUAUGGAUACCAAACCUUCUUUGCGAAUCGCAUUGGAGAGAUCCAAAGCAACUCACAAGUUCAGGACUGGUGGUGGGUCCCAGGGCCACAGAACAUCGCGGACCUGAUUACAAGAGGUGGAGGCCCCAAAGACCUGGAUGAGGACUCGGAAUGGCAGACUGGUCCUAAGUUCUUGACUCUACCUGUGAGCGAGUGGCCCAUCAAGUCUGCAAAGGAAAUUGCUGCUGCUGUAAGAGAAGGCAUCAACAAGCUGCAAAAGAAAGCUUUCGUGGCUGCACUAACAAGGUCCCAGUCUGUAAAGCAAGUGCCGGUCCAGAGUCAAGACCAGAAGGCAAGUGGUCAGAGGCUGAUAGGAUCGGCAGUUCAGAGGCUCAUUGACGUGAAGCGGUUCAGUGAUUUGUCCAAGCUCCUGAAAACCAUUGCCUGGGUCUGGAGAGCAGCAAAACGGUUCCUCAGACCAAACCGAACCCUCAACAGGCCAAAGUGGGAGGAGGUUCCACUAAACGGCAUCAUCACUGCCAAGGAGAGGAAAGAUGCACUGAUGGACCUUCUACUUGCUGCACAAGAGGGUGCCAAAUUCCCUGGCACCACAACAGACCGGCUUGUGGUCUUCAAAGAACAAGGCACAGGACUCCUUGUGUGCAGAGGAAGAGUGCAGAGUUUCAAAGAAGACCAUGCCGCCGUCCCGUUGCUACCAGGUGACUCGUGGGUGUCCACAUUGUUAGCUCAUGAGUCUCAUGGUGAAGCACAUGAUGGAGUGGCCGGGACCCUGCUCAAAAUGAGGAAGAAGGCCUGGGUCAUCAGAGGAAGAAGAAUUGCCCAAAAAGUUGUUGACUCUUGCCUCUUCUGCAGAAAAUCAAGAGUAAGGAAGUGCCAACAAGUCAUGGCUGACCUGCCUCUCGAGAGAACUGAGCCCGCUGCACCUUUUGAAUUUACCACUGUGGACCUCUUUGGGCCAUACCAGGUCAAAGAUGAGGUCAAGAAAAGGGUGACUAUGAAGGUCUGGGGUGUGGUUUUCUGUUGCAUGGCCAGCAGAGCUAUCCACACCGAUCUGGCCAGUGCAGUAUCCACAGAAGCUUUCCUGAUGGCCUAUCAAAAGUUCACAGCAGUCCGGGGCCAUCCAAGAAAGAUCUGGUCAGACCCAGGCACCAACUUUAUAGGCGCAAAGCCAGUCUUGGCUGACUUGAUCGAGUUCCUGGACAACCAGAAUAAGGGGGCCCUGGAAGAGACUGCUGCGAGGAAUGGAACUGCAUGGGAGUGGAAGAUCCAUCCAGCUGAUUCCCCACACAGAAACGGUGCUGCAGAGGCUGCUGUCCGCAUUGUCAAGAAGGCACUAUAGAGUUUGGGGAAGGAAUCAAUGCUGAGUUACGGUGAGUUCCAAACGGCUUUGUACAUGGCAGCAAACCUUGCAAAUGAAUGCCCGAUUGAUGCCAGGAUGCAGAGCCGGGAGGACUGUGUCCAAUAUGUAACUCCUAACUCUCUCUUGCUGGGAAGAGUUUCCCAAUGUGGUGAUGUCAAGACUUUCGAUUUCACCACUUACCCUUACAAAAGACUUCAAGCAAUGCAGUCAGAGGUCAGCAAGUACUGGAAAAGCUGGAGUCAGCUGGCUGGUCCCAACCUCUUUGUAAGAAGCAAGUGGCACACAGCUGAGAGGAACGUGGCUGUUGGAGACAUUGUCUGGCUGUGCGACCAGAAUGCAAUGCGAGGUCGAUUCAGACUGGGCAGAGUGGUCAGCACCAACCCCGACAGCAAAGGUAUCGUGAGAGAUGCAAACGUGAGAGUCGUCCCAAGCUACUGUGUCCCACUGGUGAGAGCUUUUGGUGCAAGGCAGCUGAAGACAGACGAGCAGAAGGAGGCAAUUCAAACUACUGUCCUCCACAGAGAUGUCCGUCAUCUGGUGGUUCUGUUGCCUGUCGAGGAGCAGGAGGGUCAAUGAAGGGGUCUGUGUUUGACCUUUGAGCAAGCGACCUUCCCAGUAUGUCCACUGGGAAGGUUGAGUGGGAGGUGUAAAGUCAAACAUAAGCUUCAUGUGGUGUUGGGGUUACUCAUAGGAAAACGUAUGUGGAAAAAUAAAUAAAUAAAUAAAAAUAGAAAAAAUGGGUGGCAUUUGAGUGGUGUAAAGCGCAAGUCAGCGCGUUGAUAAUUGGAGCGGGGCAAGUCGGCUGAUCAGCGUCAGCUGGCCGCACUUUGGCCUAGUUGAGUGGGCGGAAAAAGGGAGCGUAGGUGUUUUAAUUACCUUGGUGCAUUCAGUUUGGAGAAGCGUUGGUGAGAGCUACACACGCAGAAACAUGCUCGCUCUGAAAAUUGGAAACUUGUGCUAACUGAAUUCUGGAACACUGGAGAGGCAGCCGGGUUUUCACCUAAGGGCGGUCUGCUGGAAAUGAGUUGUUUCCUGCAUUAAAGCAUCGUUUGAACUUUGAACUAUGAACUUUUUUAAAUAAAAAGAAAAAAAAAAAGGAAAAUUCAAAUGGAAACUACUGUUGCGUCAUCUCCUUGAGUGAAGUCCAGUGCCUUAAAACUCCACCAGAGUUCACACCCUUUUCAAGUUGGGGAAAAGUGCACAAACCAACUAACCAAACAAAUAAAUCAACCAAACAAAUAAACCAAACCAACAAGCAAGCAAAACUUGACAGACAUAUUAGGUUGGUUACAAAUUGGUUCAACUUAUUCACAUCUGUAAAAUACAGGCCUAGGUGAUAUCUCUGGGAGUGGUUUUGAUGUAUUACAUGUUGCUUUAUUUUUGCAGGGUGAGGUUGACAUUUACAUGGAAUUGCCCUUUUGUUUUUCAUUUGUCGCCUUCCUCGCAUUCAAACUGAUUCGAGCCGUGCCGUCCAAAAUGGCAGCAUCACAUGACUUGGUCACGUGAGUGAAAUACCUCAAUAGAUCAGGGGUUUUCAAAGUGUGGGAGAGUCAGCCACCCCUCAGAGAGCAAAUAAACAACAGCGCCCCCCUUACAAUUUUUGUUGUUGCUAUACUUAAUGUUCCAUUCGUAUUUUUAAAAAAUGGUUGUACACAUUUUUCUUUUUUUCUUUUUCACAUUUUAAACAUCUGUGCUUUUUAAAACAUCUUUUUUUACACAUUUUAAACAUCUCAUAGCAUCGUUAGCUAGCACCUCUUGGCAGACAACACACUGUGGCAGUGGAGCAUCUUCAGAUCCAGUCCAUGAAAAUCCAAACUUUAAAUAAUCGUGGUCAUACUUCCUUGUUUUUCCAGUCCCCCCAGGAUUCUGCGGGCCUUUUUUGUGAUUGUUGCGGGCUAAAAUGUCUGAUGUUGCGGGGGUUUUCCAAAAAAAUUGUGAUGAAAGUCGUGGUGUUUUUUAGGUUUUUGUUGCGAUUACAUUGCGGGAGGAAGUGAAAGUUGUGAGAAAUUGUUGCGAUUUUCUCUUUUUGUGAUUAAAAUUGAGUGAUAUGUUAAAUAUUAAGUUAUUACUGAAAAACUAUUGAUUAAAAAACAAAGACACUGAGAAAUGGUCCUAUAAACAACUUUACCAAUAUAAAAGAUUACCAGGACUACAAAAAUGCAGAAAAAUAGGCUUUACUUAUCCAAAUGCACCUGUUGGUUCAAAAGUUAAAGUGCAUAGAACCUCACAGCACAACAUGAAGUUACCUUAAAAUAUAAUAUAAAUGCCUCAGCUUUCAUGUAAGAAAAAAAAAACUAUUAAUACUAGUGCUGUGUGCAGGCAGUCUCUCCUGAAGACUAAAUUAAACAAUAAUUAUAAACUAAUAAAAUAAAUGGCUCAGGCUUCAUAGAAGAAAAAAAAAAACAAUUUGAACAGAAUCUCACAGUAUGAUGCUGAAGCUGCCUAAACAAUGGAAAAUAAAAUACCAUUUUGGCAAAAAUGUUGGCAUCCAUUACUUUCUUGUAUUAAGUAAAAAAAAAAAAUAAAGUGCACACAGUCCUUCACUGUAAACAUCACACACUUUCAGUAACAGAAUUUAAUCCUAUAUAAACACCGACUCGCACAUCAUGCAAUGUUGCCAGAUACUGCUGACGUUUUCCAGUCCAAAAUAUGUUCAAAACCCGCCAAAAUGCACUUAAAACCAAGCUGGCAACACUGCGCGCAUGCUGCUUCUCUUGAACAUAAACACGGAAGUAAGGCAGAAGGUAGUUUGUCGACGUCACCUCAAGACGACGCCAACGAUUGGUCAAAUUUGCGGGAAAGUUGCGGUGAUUGGAUAUAAUUGUAACACCGCCCUGAAUUCACGGGGAUUGGUUGAAUUUGCACUGAAGUUGCAAAUCGCAACAUCCUGGAGGCUCUGGGUUUUUUUGCUUGGCCCAAACUCUGUCUCCUCAUUCAGUAGCUUUAGGUACUAAAAAUCGAUCCAUUUUGUCUCUGGUAAAGGCUCCUCACGUUGUGCCCCCCCUGAAGAACUCUGGCGCCCCCCAGGGGGGGCGCGCCCCACACUUUGAAAAGCCCUGCUAUAGAUGAUGCUGACUGGCAGGAAGUCUGGUCUCAGGCCAUGAACAUUUGUUUGUAACCGCACUAAAUCCGUACAGUUCAGAAUUGUACAUCACACGCAUAUAACACCUGUUGUCAAGAACAAAAUGGACGCUAAUAUUUCCCCACUUUGUUGGAAAUGCAACUCUGAGACUGGUAGUUAUGCUCACUGCUUCUGGUCAUGUGUGAAGUUACAAAAGUAUUGGUCUAGUAUUGUGAUCGAACUGACUGCUAACUUUGGUGUCCCAAUACGGAUGGACCCUUUGUGCCUGAUACUUGGUCUCCCAGAUGGUCGGAUCACUGACAGUAAACACAGGAGACUUUUCAAUAUACUGACCUUUGCUGCUAGAAAGAACAUUCUUCUUUUCUGGAUCAAGAAUGUUGCACCAACAAAAAAAUCAUGGCACAACAUUGUUAUGGACUGCAUUCCUAGUGAAUACAUGACGUGCAUGCUUCACUCAAAUAGAUGCUUUCUGUAAGGUUUGGGACCCUUAUUUGCAGCAUAUUGGGCCCACGCUGUCAUCUUCCUUGCUUCAUGGAUUUCCCAGAUCAGCCUAGCCUGUCUCUGUGACUUUGUUUUAAGUGCUCACUAUCUAACAAGCACCUUGUAGCCUUGCUAUGUUUGUAUGCUCUGUAUUGAUUCCUAUUUGGAUACUGCCCUGUCUUGCUGCAGGAGAUUGAAAGGGAGGGGGCUGGAUGAAGACUGUGCCCACUGUCAUUUAUUUUUAUAUUCAUUUUCUAUUUACUGUACCCACAUGCCCACAUUCUGCUGUGUUUUUUUUUUUUUCUUUUUUUUUCUUCUGUCAUGUCUGAGCAGUUCAGUGUGUUUUGGUUUUGAGAAAAUGUAUUAAAAAUAUUUUUCAAAAAAAAAAAAGAAAUUAACUAGGCCUGUUCUGAGACUAUGACCUAUGCUGCAGGAAAUGAGAGCAACACCUUCCUGAGUGGGACGGAUCCCGUCCCGCCCUAACAGGCCAGCAGUGCCCUCAAAAUCAGCCCAAUUAUCUAUAAAGCCCACACUGUUUUCAGAGCACCACCUGGACAACCAGCAGUUCAGUGACCACAACCUGCUGUAAGCUACAUCACCACGCCGCAUUGGGAUGGGGCCAGAGCAUACUACAGCAUCGGACAUCGCCUUUCCUAUGAUAGAGUUCCCUAUAACCAGAGCUCUUUCAGGUUUCUCAGCGGUUGCAUCAUUAAGGAGAGCAAACCUGUUCGACACGUGAAGCGGAGAGGAGUGGCGCUCCCGUGGGCGAGCCUCAGCAGUAGCUUUGGCUCUACGCUUAUGCCGCCGAGUCGUCACCCAUUCGCCCCGCUGUAAGGGCUCUAAUGCCGGAGUUGGGGGAUUACUAACUCCACCUAGGGCAUCCAGACUUUCCCCUACAGAAACUACACUGUUCUCAUUCUCACUGGCCUUCUCUAAUGCCUGGAUACACGCUUCUAACACUAUAAUCUUUUCCGUCAGAGAGCUAACUAAUCUGCACUUAUCACAAAUAAAGCUAUCGCUAGCGACAGAGGAAGAAUGACUAAACAUCCUGCACUCAGCACACUGAACAGGCUGAAGGUGUGCCAUGAUGAAAGGAUUCACGUACCUUAAUCGAAGAUCUGUUUAUAUUAAAGCAGAUCCGAUGUGGAUGGCCUCCGCUUAUGGUCUUUACGCAGGAGGAGAAAAAAAGAAAGCUUCUGGUCUCUGCAUUCUUCCAAAAAAAGAGAGAGAAAAAAACGAAAAAAGGAAAGCGAAAGUGGAAAGUACAAAAAGGAAAGUGACAGUACAAUAAAAAUGAAGAGGAUACUGGAAAAUUAUUUGUAGAAAAAAAAUUUAAAAAGAUUAGAUAAAGAUAAAAAAUAAAUAAACGUGCCGGAAUAAGGCAGAAUAAGUAAACUUAUUGUAAGGACAACAGUGUGCUUUUUCUUUCAUUGGCUCUUAAUGAUCUGUUUCGGGGGAUGCAUUUUGCAUUAUUCAAAGACAGGUGAGAAUGGUGACCUGGGGUAGGGCAGCUUGCGCAUUCCAGCCAAACGAGCUGUUACGCAUCACAAAAGGUUACGCAUCAGCAGAUUCGUGCAAUGAAAGUAAACAUUUUACGGUACCAUUUUACCAUUAAUGAUAGCCAAUCACAUGUGGCCCCAUCACGCCCCACCUCCCAUCCCCGCCAUGUUAAUGUUAAAUGUCACCACUGCGCCACAGUAGAUUACAGUACAUUACAACCAAGAUAAUGCGCAUCAGCAGAGAGUUCCCAGCACAUUCGUUCAAUGAGAUCAAAUGGAAAGUCAUCACAAGAGAUAUGGCAAAGUUUGGCAUGCAGGGGCAUUAACGUUACACCGAGAGCUGUGAGAUAUCACUACAAAAAGAGACCACUGCGACGCUCAGCUCCCAGAAAACUGCAGAAGUAAGUAUCCAACUCAUUGAGGGAAUGUAAAAUAGUUUACAUUACAGUACGUACGAAAACAAUUGAUUUUUUCUGUUUUUCCUUCAUUUUCAAGCAAUAUCCUUGCUGCAAUCGAUGAUCUGACAAAGGCCAACACCAAAAUGAAUGCCCGAGCCAUUCAGCAGAAAAUCAAGGCAGAUUUUGGUGUUGAAGUGAGUGCGACAAGUAUACGCCGCGCUCGCAGACGGAUGGGUUGGAAAUUCUCCAAGACCCAUUUCUGCCCAAUGCUGAAGGAGCGCAACAAAGAGGCGAGGCUGAAGCAAGCUUCUGAGUGGAAGGCGUCAGGGGAGACAUGGUACAAUGUACUCUUCACCGACGAAACGACAGUUGCACUGGAGCACUUUGCAAGGCAAAGUUUCCACAGAAAGGGCCACUUCGUUUCAAAACCACGACCAAAACACCCAUUGAAGCUGCAUGUAUGGGGAAUGAUUUCCAGGCUGGGGGCAGGUCCCUUCGUCAUCUUUGAUGGGAUAAUGGACAGAACCUACUUCGAGGAGACCAUCAUAAAAGAAUUUGCGGGGCCAUUUGUCAGGAAAUAUUUUGGGUCGAUCACCACUUUUUCCAGGACAACGAUCCAAGGCACACCGCAGCUGCAGCUUGCAUGGCAUCAGAGGGAUUUGAAUCCAAUUGAACUGGUUUGGCACUCCAUGAAGGACUAUAUCCGCAAAGAGGCAAAGCCAUGUACAAAACAGGAGCUAGUCCAGGCCAUACAUGUGUUCUGGGAGACGAAAGUGACCGUGGAUUUCUGCAACAGACUUAUAACGGGUUUAUCAAACGUAAUAGAUCUGGUUAUUAGGAACAAAGGAGGGCAUAGGGGGAAAUGAUAACUGUCUCUUGUCGGUUCAAAUACAGUACUAUACUGUUUUGUGAUUACACUGUAUGUGUGCAC